AUGAAGAGAAAGAGGGACUCCGCAUACGCAGCAGCGACAACGUCCACUUGUGUCGCUGACAGCGAUUCGAUGUCAGGGGCCGAAUUCGAGAUGUUCCUGAGUUUCAGAGGCCCCGACACUCGCCUCAGCUUCACUGACUACCUCUAUCACUCCCUGGUUAGAGCUGGGAUUCGCGCUUUCAAAGACGACAAAGAGAUCCGAAAAGGUGAAAAAAUUGGAGGCGAGCUUCUAUGUGCCAUUGAAUCCUCCAAAAUAUACAUGCCCAUCUUCUCUAGGAACUACGCGUCCAGUACCUGGUGUCUUCAUGAGCUCACGCUCAUGGUGGAGUGCUCCAGCUAA